AUCGAAAUUAGAUACAUGUACUGUAAAAUAAGACAUUAUGAAAGGUAGCAACGCUUUAGAAAUUAUUUGUUUAAUAUUGUUUAUCAAAAUACCCGUCAAAGCCUAUGAAAUACGAGAGGCCUACCAGUCCUCUACCAAUGGGUCGUACGUGGCUUCUCUCGGAUGUGAUGGUGAUAUGGACACAUUCUCUUUGACAAAUUACGGAGACAAUGAAUCAUGGUCUGUUGUACUGGAUAACAUUUAUAAAAUCACCUGGAUUUUCAUCCGCAUUAGAGCCGGUUCAUAUGAGUCUAAAAUUGAACUGAGUCAACGAGGAACGACAUCUGAUAAAUGUUCAGAUAUCAAGUCAGAUACUGCUGAAAUGUCAGAGGUAAUUGAGAAGAUAGUAACCUGCUCCUAUAGUGAUAAAUCCGUAUAUAAAUUAGGAAAUAAACUGACCGUCAGCAGUAUGCAACGUGGAGUCAUGCAAGUAUUCGAGAUCACCCCUUUAGGAUUUUCACAGUUUGAUCAAGAAUUAAUUCAGAAUGUCUCAGAUUUUCCUGCAUCAAAAGCAUUAGACAACGUAUUGGAAACUUAUUACCAUUCUGAAUCAAAAAGUAAAGCGUCAUGGUUUUUGAAAUUGAACGAAGUCAAAGUUGUAAAAUGGAUUCUUAUUUCGAUCAGAGGAGGUAACAAUUUCUAUACGGUUGGCUUUCCAUAUAUACAUGUAUAUGCAUACACUACAUAGAAAAUAUGGUUAAUUUUAUUUAUUUAAGUAUUUAAAACAAUCAAUGCCAAGUUGGAAUACUAAUUAUGUAUUGUAUUCAAAUACAG